AAAGAAGAGGAGGAGGAGGAGAAGAAGGAAGAAGACGUCGACAUCCGCGGCCAUUCUGCUACAGUCUUAAAAGUUACAGUUUAAUGUUUUUAGCAGCACAUAAAUCAUCAUGUACAUCAAAAACUAAUAUUAGUAAUAUUUAUACUAUCCACUGAAAUCAGAUUAUGUAAGCUUCAACACUAUGAAGACCACUUUAAAAAUCGUUCCGUUUUUGCUAGUGAUGUGUGGUGUGUUUGGUGCUGAAACAGAUGAAGUGAAGUCAGUGAUGGAGGGAGAUUCUGUUACUCUAAUCCUCGAUCUUACUAAAAUACAGAAACUUUAUCUGAUACAGUGGAGGUUUGGAGAUCCAGGUCCAGUCAUUGCUCAAAUUGAUGGAAAUGAAAUCUCAUAUGAAGAUGAUGAGAGAUUCAGAGGCAGACUGCAGCUGAAUCAGACUGGAUCUCUGUCAUCUGUCACCAUCACAAACAUCAGAACUAAUCACUCUGGACUUUAUAAAGCAGAAAUCAGCCACAACACUGGAACCUUAUAUAUUAAGUUUAGUGUUACUGUCUAUGAGUCUCCAUCUGUUUUUGCUGGGGCUGAAGCUGAAAUGAAGAGCGUGUCAGUGACAGAGGGAGAUCCUGUCACUCUUCAUGUUACUCAACUACAAGGAAAUGAGCUGAUACUGUGGAGGUUUGGAGAUGAAGGGAAACUCAUAGCUAAAAGUGAUAAAGAGGCCAAGAGCUCAAGAUUAUAUGAUACUGAUGAGAGAUUCAGAGACAGACUGGCGCUGGAUCAGACUGGAUCUCUGAUCAUCACAAACACCAGAAUCACAGACUCUGGACCUUAUACAGUGAAGAUCAGCAGCAACAAACAGACCUUAUACAAGAGAUUCACUGUCACUGUCAGUGAACCAGGUCUGUCUCCAGGUGCUAUAACAGGGAUUGCUGUUGUUAUGCUGCUAAUGGCUGCAGCUGCAGCUGCUGUUGUUGUACUUUAUUGUCGCAAGACCUCUGAACUAAAAAAUCAAAAGUCGAAGAUCUCUGAACGACAAAAUGAAACGUCGGAGAUCUCUGGAAAACUAAAGCAAAUGUCCGAGAUCUCCGCACAACUAAAGCAAAUGACGGAGGACUGUGAAAAAGAAUUGCCUGAGAUAUCUGAACACCAUCAAACAUUGAAGAUCUCAGAAAAACUAAAGGAAAUGUCGGAGAUCUCUGAACGACUAAAGCAAAUGUCGAAGUACUGUGAAAAAGAAUUGCGCAAGAUCUCUGAACGACUAAAGCAAAUGUCUUUGACAAAGAAAGGGGAGAUCUCUGAACAAGAAACACCUUUGAUCGAUGAAGUGGAGAUCUUUGAACAAGAAAUAGGUGCUGUCUCAAAAGAAGAGACAAGAUCAGAGAUGGAGAAAGGUGAAAGGGAACGGCGCAUUUUUGUUGAAGACACUGUCGUAAGUCAAGCGAUUGGAGGGCCGCAUGGUGCUGAUGGGAUAGUCGGAGACAGACAGGGCAAGAGCCUUGUAGUCUGUAACACCGGUACUGAACAUAGUGGAGUUUUUACACAUGAAUCAACAGGAAAAGGAGUGAAUGAAGAAACACUACAAUCCGAUGAGCUGCUGGGUUAAUGAAUGAUAAUCAAAUUGUCCGCGUUCGCACAUUAUUUUCACCUACUAGUGGCUUGUACAAUGUCUGCAAUGCCUGAGGAGACAAAGCGACCAAUAAUACUUCCAAAAGAUCUUCACAUCUCAACGAGUCCCGAUGAGUCUGUGUGUAUUCAGGUUUAAUUUGAAUAGAAAAACAGGUACACACACACACACACACACACACACACAUACAUACAUACACAUAUUUGUAUUAAUGUUACACUACAUACCUGUGACCCUUAUGUUACCUGUAACAAUUUGAAUCACACAACGUGUGUGUGUGUGUGCAGGUUGCUGUUUUAUGUAAUUAACACUAAUUAAUGUUCUCAUUGACUUUGAUCACAGUGUAAAGAUUAAAUUACCUUCUCCAA